AUGACGCGCGGGACGCGACGUUUCGCGCGGGGAUGUGGGUCGCUGCAGCUGGUGCUCCUCCUGCUGGCCGCUGUCUUGGCUAUAGCGCCCGCCGCGUACGGCCAUGGAGGGCUCGGCGCGCACGACGAGACCACGUGCGGCGCCCACCUGACGGACGAGUUCGUGAAAGAGCGCGUCGCGCGCGCCGAGACGACCCGGCGGGCCACCUUGGCGGCCGGUGCCUCCCCCUGGGGCAAGUCUGAUGCGUUCCGGGCAGCGCAGCGGCGCAGCCUGCAGCAGCUCAACCCCAGGAACAUCAGUAUCGUCGUGGACUACCAACUCACCGUGUUCGGAGCGAAGGCGAAGUUCCUGCAGGAGAAGCUCGUGCCCUCUGCACUCGCCGUCGUCAAGUCCUUCAUCAGCGUCAACGCCCCCGUCGUGGGCGCCCUCACGCUGACGCCGCUGUGCGACGUCGCGUGGGCCCAGGACGGCUCGUGCCGGCAGCUCGAGGCCCGCGACCCGGGCACCUGCUUCACCGCGAAGAUCCCGAGCUACAUGUACGGGCCGGCGUUCGAGUGCCCGAACGUGCCCCUCGCGGUGGACGUGAACCGGCCGGCCGCGGACCAGACGUGUCGGCUGGUGUCGGGCGGCAGCGGCGCCACAACCGCGUCAGGGCAGCCCGUAGACCUCUUCCUCAUGGUGACGACGGCGACGCGGUCGUCGCAGAACGUCCCGCUGUGCCAGGGCUCGGUCAUCGCGGCGGCGGCCCCGUGCGGGCACAGCGACCCCACCACGGGGCGCCCGCUCGACGCCGUGGUCAACUUCUGCCCGGACGCCAUCCAGAUUUCGGAGAUUGCCUUUGGGUACAUGCUCGACACGCUCGUGCACGAGGUCCUGCACGCGCUCGGCUUCUCCGAGGCGCUGUACAGCUCGUGGCUGAAGGACCCGCUCACGAACACGCGGUACAAGCACGACCCGACGGCGGCGACGGACCAGACGAAAAACGAGGUGAUCUCGCAGGACGCCAACGGGCGGUGGUGGCUCAUCACGCCGCGCGCCGUCGAGGCCACGCGCCGGCAGUUCGGGUGCGCGACCGCCAUCGGCGCGCCGCUCGAGGAGAACGGCCUCGCCGGGACGCGGCGCGCGCACCUGGAGGACUACGUGUUCUUCAACGAGCUCAUGUCCGGGUCGGCGCGGCUCGCGUCGGCGCAGACGCUGUCGAUGGUGACGCUCGCGAUCAUGGAGGACACGGGGUGGUACACCACGGGCUGGCGCAGCCCCCUGGUGUACAACCCCUUUGGGGCGCGGACGGGGUGCUCGCUGCUGGACCGGCCGUGCACGGACCUGUCGGACUCGACGAUCGCGGCGCUGUUCUGCGCGAAGCAGUUCACGAAGAAGGCGGUGUGCCCGAUCACGGCCAAGAGCGCGGACGCGUGCCCCGACAGCGAGAAGAACAACGUCGUCGAGACCGAGGCCAUGCAGUGCCAGUUCGACCGCCUGGGCGCGGGGUUCUGCAACGCGAUGGCGCUCGCGCCGGGCUGCAGCGUCGUCGCGCCGAACCCGACCAUGCAGUGCCGGUUCGUGGACAACGCCUUCAAGGUGGAUUGGCAGGGCAACACCGUCGUCAAGCCUGAGGUGCUCAACUUCGGGGAGUACUACGGGAACAACUCGCGGUGCAUCAACCACGACGUCGCGUCCGGCGAGGCCAUCGCGCGGCAGGGCGAGGCCAUGUUCCCCGUCGGCGCUGGGUGCUACGCCGUGCAGUGCCCCAACCCGUUGUCGCCCAACCUGCUCAACGUGCUGCUGUACGGCACCGCGGUGCCGUGCCAGCCCCUCGCGUUCUCGUCGAUGAAGCCCGCCGGGUUCGAGCAGGGCCGGUUCGACCGCUGCCUGGCGAACGCGCAGAUCUGCGACCAGCUCGAGUGCCCUAGCGACUGCAACAACAACGGCCGGUGCGUCCGCGGGUCCUGCUUCUGCAACGUCGGGUACUUCGGCACGGACUGCGGCCAGUUCCGCGACCCCGCCGCCCUCUCGCGGCAGUACGAGGAGGACACCAGCGCGCCCGCGACCACGCCGCCGCCCGCGACCACGCCGAGCAUCCCGACGCUGCCGCCGGACCCGACGCUGUCGCCCGAGGCCCAGUCCGACCUGAAGACGGCGUUCGCGCUCAUGGUCGACAUGCGGAUGUACGGGCGGGGCGUGGCUGACCUGGCCGUGCGCGACCAGCAAAAGCUAGAGCAGCGCAUCCGCGACGCGCUGUCCCGGCCCGCGCGCGUGGACGUCAAGGACAUCACGAUCUUCACGCGGUUCAGCACGGCGGGCGAGGUGCUGCCGAUCACGGCGCGCCGGCGCGCGCAGGGGACGAACGCCACGGCGUCACCCGCCAACGCGACGCUGCCGCCGAACACGAACCUCAACGCCACCAACAUCAACCUCCUCCCCGCGACGCCCGCGCCCGUCGACCCGAGCACCGCCGCGGACGUCGGCUCGGACCCCACCCGCAUCGUGGGGGGGUCGUUCAACGUGACGGCCCUGCAGCCGCACUUCGUGGACAUCACCGCGUCGAUCUACUACCCGGGCCUGCGGAAGCUCACGGCGGACGAGAUCGCGGAGGGCGAGCGCGAGGACGCCACCGACGCGGACGACGCCGCCAACCAGGCCCCGCAGCUCCAGCGCAUCGACGCCGCCUCCACGGUGCAGUUCCAGGUCAACGGCGAGUUCGUGUCGUUCCGCAACACCUACCGCGAGGUCGAGGUCAUCAAGAGCACCAUAGAGGCGUUCGGGGACUCGAUCGUCGUCUCCGAGGAGGUCCUGGGCGCCGCGGUCAACCAGACGACCAUCGUCAAGGCCUACGUCGUCACCACGCAGGCCAAGCGCGGCCAGGUCGCCACGGCGAUGGGCGGCGCCGCCGCGCACGGCGCCGCCGCGGCCCUCGCCGUCCUGGCGGCCCUUGUUGCCCUCCUGAUCUAA